AUGAGUGUUAAUACUCGACGUGGUCUUAGUUUGAGUGACAAAAUAGACAUUUUAGAAAAGUACGAUUAUCUUCCCAAGAUGAGACAAGGUGAAGCAGCAAGUAAGCUAAACCUUUCACAAUCGGUAUUGGGUAGAAUAUUCAAAAAUAGGGAAGACAUUGAAUGUGAAGCAUUAAAAAAUGAGUCCCAAAGUCGAAAAAGGAAUAGGUGUGGAAAGGAUGAUACUGUUGAACGCGCUUAGAAAGAAUGGUUUGUAAAAGUUAAAAAUAAAGAUGCUCGUGUGUCCCAUUGCUUCGCCAACAAGCUGAGAACUGGCAGGAAAAAUGAGGAAAGUUAAUUUUAUGGCAACAGAUGGGUGGUUCCAUCGGUAGAAAAAAAAAGAAAAUAUUUCUUUCCAAAAAAACACACGAAAAACAAGGUGACGCAGAUUUAGCUGGCGCACAUUUUUGGUUAGAAAAUGAAUGGCCAUCUCUGAUCUCCAAAUAUUCACCUUCUGAUGUGUUUAAUGCUGAUGAAACUGGUUUAUACUUUAAAGCAUUACCUUAA